GUCCGCGGUCACACUGAUUCCGCCAUUUUCCUUUGUUGCGCCGUGUUGGUAUUCGUGAAUUCUGUGAUCAAAAUUUAUUAAUUAAACAUAGAAAAUGGAGAUGUCUCUAAAUCCCGUGCGCGUGCUCAAGAAUGAGGCGCAGGAGGAGAAGGCCGAAAUGGCUCGUCUCUCCUCGUUCAUUGGCGCCAUUGCUAUCGGCGAUCUGGUGAAGAGCACACUGGGGCCCAAGGGUAUGGAUAAAAUUCUGGUGGCCAACGGCCGUAAUGCCGGCCAGGUGGAGGUGACCAAUGAUGGUGCCACCAUAUUGCGUGCUGUGGGCGUUGACAAUCCAGCAGCAAAGAUUCUGGUCGACAUGUCGCGUGUGCAAGACGAAGAGGUUGGCGAUGGCACCACCUCGGUCACUGUACUGGCCGCCGAACUGUUGCGCGAGGCCGAGAAGCUGGUCGAACAGAAGCUCCACCCACAGAUCAUUGUCUCCGGCUGGCGCAUGGCCACCCAAGUGGCCCUCGAGGCCCUGACUGCCGUUGCCCAGGACAACUCUGCCAACGUUGAGACAUUCAAGGCAGAUCUACUUAACAUUGCCCGUACCACACUGUCCUCCAAGAUCCUGCACCAGCACAAGGAGUUCUUUGCGAAUCUCGCCGUUGAGGCUGUCCUCCGUCUGAAGGGCUCCGGCGAGCUCAAGUCCAUACAGAUAAUAAAGAAGUCUGGCGGCACUUUGGAUGAUUCGUUCCUGGAUGAUGGUUUCCUGCUGGACAAGAAGCCAGGUGUACAUCAGCCACAGCGCAUUGAAAAUGCCAAAAUUCUCAUUGCCAAUACGCCCAUGGACACGGACAAGAUCAAGGUGUUCGGCAGCACCAUUAAGGUCGAUUCGUUGGCCAAAAUCGCCGACCUGGAGAUGGCCGAAAAGGAGAAGAUGAAGGAGAAAGUCAACAAGAUUCUCAAGCACAAAUGCAAUGUGUUCAUCAAUCGCCAGCUGAUCUACAACUAUCCCGAACAGCUCUUCGCCGAUGCCAAGGUGAUGGCCAUCGAACAUGCCGAUUUUGAUGGCAUCGAGCGUCUGGCCUACUGCACUGGCGGUGAGAUUGCCUCCACCUUUGAGAAUCCAUCGCUCGUGAAGCUGGGCGAGUGCGAUGUGAUCGAACAGAUCAUGAUCGGUGAAGACACACUGUUGCGUUUCAGUGGCGUUAAGCUGGGCGAGGCCUGCACGAUUGUCAUCCGCGGUGCCACCCAACAGAUUCUGGAUGAGGCCGAUCGUUCGCUGCACGAUGCUCUCUGUGUGCUGGCUGCCACGGUUAAGGAGUCGCUCAUCAUUUACGGUGGCGGCUGCUCAGAGGCCCUCAUGGCUAAUGCUGUGUUCAAGAAGGCCGCUCUGACCUCCGGCAAGGAAGCCAUUGCCAUUGAGGCCUUUGGACGAGCUCUGCUGUCGCUGCCCACUGCCAUUGCCGAUAAUGCUGGCUACGAUUCCGCUCAGCUGGUCUCUGAGCUGCGCGCGGGUCAUGCCCAGGGCAAGAACCAGUUGGGCCUGGACAUGGACGAGGGCAAGGUGGCCAAUGUACGGGAGUUGGGCAUCACCGAGUCGUUUGCCGUCAAGCGACAGGUGCUCCUGUCUGCCUCGGAGGCUGCCGAAAUGAUACUGCGAGUGGACAACAUCAUCAAGUGUGCGCCACGCCGUCGUGUGCCCGAUCGUGGCUACUGCUAGACUACUCUUAAGUAUUCUCUUGUUCUAGGAUCAUAUGUUUUUUUUUAAAACACCCCUUUCCACCACCUUCGUUUAACAUUUUUACGUGUUUUUGGUUUAUAAAAAACCCAAUAAUUUCUUACACAUAAACACAAGCACGCAACACAUACACCCUUUAAUUAUUGUCAAACAACAAACCAAAAGCCCAGCUUUCAAAAACGGCAGACUCUGGCUGAAACAGAAGGAUCGUAGGACAAAGGAGAGCGAACAAAUAUAAGCAUUUCAAAAAUGGCUAGACACUACACUACUUACAACAACAAAAACAAAAAACAACACCACAAACUUGUAAAUGAAUACAAUUUUUGUAAACAUUUAAUGUGCAUCGAAGCGAAUUCCACACUAAACACACAAAAAGGAAGACCGACCACAAAGAAUGGAAAUAAAACGAUAAUAUUUAUAUGCUUAACAAAAC